AGUGAGCAAAAUCGUCGCAUCAACAAAAUGCUUGCUUCGAUUAAAAAUUAAAAUUCGGAAAAAGGAUCCCGGCCUACUUUUGCAUCGAUUUUCAUUAUAACAUUGUGUCUUGUUUUAUUGUUGUGUUUCGCGAUAUGAUUUUCCACGCAGCUCGAGAAUAACUUUCUCCCAGAAAUUGUAAGUGAAUUCUCAUCGAAAUAUUGUUCAAACUGUUUUCAAACGUAGGACUACAUUGAACAGAAAUACAUAGGGCGUACAGUUACUUUCCCAGGUUUGCGUCCAACCUUGUUUUUUAAGAGAACAAAUGAAUCCAAUACAUACGACACAUAACAUUUUUUAGGUACACAUGAAACUGCUCACCAAAGCCAACGGGUUCUUCAAGUGUGACAAAUGCAGCAAUACGUUCGAAAUGGCGGAUCAGCUAAAAUCCCACUUGCUGGAACACCAGAUCGAUGUGGAGAAGAUUUUCAACUGUGAGUUCUGUUCGAACACCUUCAAAUCGAAUGAAGAUCUGAAGCGCCAUCGCAGAUCGCACACUGGUGAACGCCCGUUCAAGUGUGAUACCUGUCCAAAACCGUUUACCCAGCUUUCGAAUCUACGUGCCCAUACAAAGAUUCAAGAGAAGAAGCGAAUCACGUAUGGGUGUAAUAUUUGUCUGCUGGAGCUUGACUCGCUGGAAGCGCAUAGUUUGCAUCUCAAAACACAUCAGUUCCAGCUUUUUGAGUUAUGUAAAGAAAUGAGACAAUAGUUUGUGAUUGGACGAAAGUGUCUCGAUAAGAAUAUUUGUUAACCCGUAUCCGUACUACAUACACUUAGAAAAAUCCUCGGUCGAAAACUACCAAAUACAUUUGGUAAUGCAAAAUUAGUAGAAUGUACAAAUUUUUUGUACAUAUUGUCAACAAACCCGCAUCCCUACCAGAGAUUAGUAUAUUUUACUCGAUAACAUUAUUAAGCUUGGAUAUUGUCAUAUCUGAAAACUGGUGAGAAAAGCGCGUAUUAACCAUUUUCAUUGUACCCAUAAGGCAAUACGGAGGUAUAAUAAGGAUAUAAUUCUGAUACGUGCAUUUUCGGCGAGAAAAUGUAGCCGAUAUUGGGCUUCCGAAUCAUGGUUCUGCUUGACAUAUGUGUUUAUUAGUACGGUCGAAAAUGACUAGAUUGGUAGUAUUUACCAAAAAAUUCGUUAUAUUUACUAAUUAGUUCUCUCAGUGUACAUAUGCCAAUAUACACAAGUGUUAUUAGAUGUUUGAAAAAUGUACUAUUGUGAUCGUAUUAGGGAAAUAAUUGUUGUUCUAUAUAACAACGAUAAUACAUGAAACAAGUUUUCUUCAAUCGAUCUUCAAAAUUAUAACAUAAUUUUAUUAUCGAAAAAAACACAUAAUAAAUACAUAUUCGGCUAACCACUAUUGCAUACUUUUUUUGUAUCGGCAAGCCAUCGUAACGUUCUUUUCUCUA